AUGCUUUCUGGAUGCGCGUCUACCGAGCCCCAGUCAAAUAAUGGCGGUAACUCAUCGUCUCAGUACCACACAAAGGAUACUACUUUUACAAAGAUUUUCGUUGGUGGGUUACCCUAUCACACUACAGAUGCCAGUCUACGGGCUUUCUUUGAACGGUUUGGAGAAAUUGAGGAGGCAGUAGUGAUAACCGACAGACAGACUGGCAAGAGCCGUGGAUAUGGAUUCGUAACAAUGAUGAAGAAAGAGGAGGCGCUUCAAGCCAUAAAGGACCCAAAUCCUUGCAUAGACGGCCGCAAAGCCAACGUUAAUCUUGCAGUCUUAGGUGCCAAACCAAGGGUAAUUGCUGGAGAAGAGCCGGUUGCUGCGGGCCAGGUGUUACUGCGACCCUCAGUUUUAAGCUCACACCACCAAUCGCACACCCGCAUUUGCGGCCAGGCUACGGCUGGGGCGGGGGGCGGUGGACCGAGGCAGAUUGUGCAGAAGCUCUGCGCUGACUCUCCACAAGCCCCGGCCGGACCUGCACGAUUUCUCACCUGGCUCAUUGCAAACGCCUCGAAUCUUUUGGCGAUGGCUGGCGCACUUCAGCUGAUUCUCUCCGUACCAUCUGACCCCGUCGUGCGUUCGGCGCUUUUUAACGUUUCAGCAGUUCAGAUCCCUCAGAUAACCAUCGACAACUUUACUCGAAAGCUCUGUUUCUUAAUUGUCCCUUCCGUGCUAAACUUAGUCUGGUUCUCCAAGGUGCUGAUCAAAAAAGGCAACCUCCAGCUAAGACUGCGUGUGUGUGUGUGUGUACUAAGUCUCUUGGAACAGCUAGAGCCCAACUUACAACUCUUGUUGGCCCUCAGAUUGAUGCCCCUGAUAAUCUGCAGUGAAGCAGUUCCGGCAGGCAACUCUUGCGACCUAGGACUAUUCGCGUCUCUCGCAACCGCCAACCAGACAGCUACGCCAGCGCCGCUACUCGGGACCGGGCAAGUGAAUCCCGCCCUCCUCUCGAGUCUUAUUACUCUCAAUGUUGCGAAUCCAGGAACGGCAGCCGCGACGUCUCACGCAAUGUUUCCAACUACGCCUACUCCCGGUCACUCUGCCAGUCCCCUCUCCUCGUCACUGCCCGACUUCCAAAGCCAACAUAGCCCUUACCUACACCAUCCGGUGUCGAUGCUAGGUGCUCCAAAUCCGUUCGCCCUUGCUCAAUAUAUUUACGGUGCAAACCCUUGGCUCGAUGGGGGCCAUCACCAGCAACCUUUCAAUGCCGCACCGAAUCCACUAGGUGUCUCGCCUGUAAGCGCGUUUACGGGCACGUUUCCCACACCAGUUGACGGGAUGACUCGAGAAACGCUCCAGAGAAACCAUGUGGCCGCACAGUUAAUGGCUGGGGACGCCCUGACGAAGCAGACACCCCUCGUAACGCCCACGUGGUCGUCGGCUUUUCCGGCACAUGUUACGACGCCUGUGCCCACUACUAGUGUCAUGAACGACACUCGGGCAUCGCCUGGUUUCGCAAUGGUUGGUGGGUCACCGGGAAGUGCGAUCGGUGGUGUCACUCCAGUUUUUGGAAAUACCAGCGAUGCUGCGGGGACCACAUCUGCCACCGCACUGCAAACAAAGCAUCGAGGCUUCAUCUAA